ACUGGCGUGAUGCAGAGCUGAUGCAAGACAUCGAGGCGGCGACGGGGGAAAACCUGGGUUCCAACAGAGUGGAUAAAAAAGGGAAAGGGAGGAAGAAGAAGAAGUACCCCAACCUCAGCGACCUGAAGCACGGCGCCAACACGGCCCGCUCCAGGCUGGAAAAAAAAGUCCUCAACAAGAGCAGCAUGCGCAGAAUAGCUGAAGUUAUGGCUAAAGCUGACAGGAGAAAACACGACAAGUUCUCCAACCAGUUUAACUAUGCCCUCCGGUGACCUCCAUCCAGCUCGAUGCCUUCUGGACUCAACGCUGCUGUUAGACUUCAACUUUUUAAAAGAAGGAAAGAUUUUAAUUUAUUGAUGUGCUCAUACAGUGAAUCUAGUUAAGAGAUUAACAUUAUUAAAGUAAUAUACAAAACAUUGUUUGAACACUCUAACUUCACUGCUGUUUGAUAAGCUAAACAUUAAGGACAAGUGAACAUACAUAUUCCUAACUGGGUGUGUUCUGCCUCUUCUGACCAAGUAACAAUUCCCCUUACUAUACGCACAUACAUACACUAAAUAAGGUUACGGGCGGAUCUGAUACCUGGUGUGGACAGACACUGCUAUCUGACUGCCUAAUGUGUUUGAAAACUACGGACAUACACAGAAGGGCUCUCCCUUUUUCUCACUAUAAUGUCAGUAAAAAUCAUAUCCAGUAUAUAAACGAAAGACUGUUUGAGGAAGUGAGGAAAAUACAAAUAGUAAUAAUAAUAAAAGACCCUAUUAGUAAGCUAUGUUAGCAUUGCAGGCCACUGAUAACACUGACAAGUAUACAGCACUUUAUAUAUGCGAAGGAAAAUAAACAGCAACAUGUUCCCCAUUCACAACUGCCAUACACAAAGAUAGACAGGUGAUCAUUACAACCAUUAUACAGUUUUCAUUAUUUAUUACUGAUAACUGACUGAAUUUUUACUCUUGUUUUUUCUAGUAUUUUCUAGUUGAAUUUGUUGUCUCUGUUAGUAUUGUGUUUUUUGAAGAUGAAAAGCCACAAAUUCAUAAAUGAACAUAAUGCAGGUUAAAAUGAUUUGUACCAAAAAUAAACUGUAAAUCUCUUUCCUCCA